GUAUGAUAUUGCUUUGGAUGUGAAUACAUUUGGGGUUCUGCAUGUGUUGAACUUUGCGAAGAAGUGUUUGAAACUAGAAAUGCUUGUUCACAUAUCAACUGCUUAUGUGGGAGUCAGAAGGAUUGGCCUUAUACCGGAGGACUCCUCUCCAAUGGAUGAGCUGACAAAGGAAAUCACUAAAUCUGACUUGAAAGUACUGGAAAGGAACAUGGUGGUGGACAAAUUAAAUGAACUAAAAGCACAAAAUGCUUCAGAAAAGGUUAUUACAAAUAAGAUGAAGGACCUGGGCGUUGCAAGGUCAAAGUUGUAUGGUUGGCCAACUACUUAUUUGUUUACAAAAGCGAUGGCAGAAGUAUAUCUUGAACAAUCAAAAGGUAAUUUACCCAUUACCAUCAUACGCCCAACUAUAGUUACGAGCACUUACAAGGAACCAUUUCCAGGUUGGCAUCAAGGUUACAGAUCCGUUAAUGCUGUAAUUGGUACUUUUUGGAAAGGGGCACUGACAUGCUUGCUUAUGGAUCCUACAGCUGUAUUAGAUUUGAUUCCAGUUGAUAUGGUGGCAGAUUCAAUAAUUACGGCGAUGGUAGUGAAUGCCAACAAAUAUCUUGAAAAUCCUGGAAUGAUUUAUCAUGUGGGAACGUCCUUGAGAAAUCCAAUGAAAAUGUCUGAGUUUAGAAAUUUCAUGUUCCAAUACUGCACCAAAAAUCCAUGGCUUUAUAAGGAUGGAAGCCCGAUCAAGGUUGAGAAGUUGAAAAUGUUCACUACUAUGGCUGCAUUUCGUUCGUACAUGCAAAUCCGCUACAUGUUACCAUUAGAGGGAUUAAAGUUCUUGAAUAAAGAAUUUGACCAAUAUUUUAAAGAAUUAUAUGUUAACUAUAACUGGAAAAUCACAUUUGCGAUGCGGUUGGCUGAGUUGUACCGACCAUUUUUGCUAUACAAGGGCAUCUUUGACGACACCAAUUUGGAGAAGUUGCAAAGGAUAUCAAGAGAGAAUUACAGAGACGCUGAAAUCUUUAAUUUUGAUCCAAGGUGCAUCGACUGGGAAGACUACAUAAUGCGUACUCACAUCCCUGGCCUUCGGAAACAUGUUAUGAUCAAACAUAGCCAGAGUCAGAGUCAGAGCCAGAGCCGACUUUGA